CACACCCCUACACAAACCAUUGUUUAAACAGUUGAAUGAGAGUUGUUGCGGCAGAUGGGAUUCAUAGAUGCAUUGGGGACAGGUAUCUGAGCACAUUACACCUACGGUGACAACCUGUUCCCGAGGGGAAGGGUGCGGCAAGGAAAGUGACAUGGCAGGAACAAAAAAUAAAAAAAUGAGACAACAGAGAAUUAGACAGAAUGUACAAAUGUAAAAAAGGGAGAUGUACAGAUACCACGAAAGAACUGAGAGGUGACAAAUGACGUUAGACAUAAAUAUCUAAUGAAAUCCAGGAAGCAUUAGAGAUGCAGAAGACUAAAUACAAUUAAAUAAAUCAACACAAACCUCAGCUGUGGGAUAUACACAUAGGUGAGAGAGCACCCAGGACGGGCAGAAGACUAUAGAAUGAAUGGCAUGCAGUGGGCACAGCUUGGGGUGACCCCGGCUAACAGGAUUGACAGCGAUACUGGGCAGUGGGUCCGUUUAAAUGUGGGGGGCUCCGUCUUCCUCACCACGAAGCAGACCCUGUGCCGGGAGCCAAACUCCUUCCUCUGGAGGCUUUGUCAGGAUUCCCAGCUGCUGUCCGAGAGGGACGAGACAGGAGCAUUCCUCAUUGACAGGGAUCCAACAUACUUUGGUCCAAUCUUAUGCUAUCUACGUCAUGGAAAACUCAUUCUAGACAAAAAUGUGUCCAUAGAAGGAGUUUUGGAAGAGGCAGAGUUUUAUAACAUUACUUCAUUGGUCAAGAUAAUUCAGGACAAGAUGGAAGGGGAAGAUGGUGCAAACCAACAGCAGAAGCACGUGUACCGGGUCCUGCAGUGCCAAGAGGCAGAGCUGGCGCAGAUGGUAUCCACCAUGUCUGACAGCUGGAAAUUUGAACAGCUGGUGAACGUGGGGUCGGCCUAUACUUUUACCAGUGAGGGACAACCCGAAUACCUGUGUGUGGUGUCCAGAGAGAUGCAAACUCAGCCCAAAACCUGCUGGUCCCGGAGCGUCUGCACUGCACAAAGUCAAGAAGGUGAAGAGGAUGCGAAAAGUGUGCUGGACCAUGAGUGCAUCGUCUUCCAGGAGAGGGCGAGCAGAGAAUGAGAACUGGUCUGCGCUGUGAGUAUGAACGGGUCAUAGUAACUGUACAGUCCCUGCUUCCAGACAACCAGCAUUGAACUGCCAGAGGAGAGGACCUCCGACACAGGUUCCUGGCGACUGCAUCCGUAAUGUCUGGGCAAUGAGAGAAAACAAAAUAUGGCUGCAAAGAACUAAGGAAGACACAAUGUUUGUGAAGAGUUAUUUGUACUUGUUCCAGAUACUCUAAUCUCCAGCAUAAAAUUGCAAAACAAGUUCAUAUGCCAUGGCCCAUAAUGCAUAGUGUUAAUGAUGAUAUUAGCCAGUAGUUAGGGGUAUCAGGCUAUAAAAAUACCAUGCUAUGGCCCAGAUAACAAGUGAAGCGUUAUUAAUAGCGCAAGGUGCUCUAUCAAUAUCAAUUCACCUUGCUAAAAUUAGCGCACAAAUUGAUAUUACAAGUCCCUGGUAAAACUGAAUUGCCAUAGAUGGUUUAGCGCGGCCGUCAUGCCUUUAGCAUACCCUAUACUUUCAACGGAUUUUGCGACCUUGCUAAAUAUCGGUCAUAUUACAAGUGGAAAGUUAUGGCUUGUGCUGGAGCGCAACCAGAAUAGCACUGGAAAAUCUAGCACAACAUGAGAUCUAAAGUAAAGUGUUUGGGCUAGAAUAAAAGUUUCAAAAAACACAUGUAAACCAUAUUUAAAAAAAUAUUAUACUUACAUAUAAACAUAUUUAGUAUAAACUAUUAGUUUAUUAUCGAAAUAAAUGUUUAUAAAGGGUUUAAAAGAGAUAUGUCACAGUGUUUGACUCAAAAGUACAUGUGUGUUUAUAUUUGAAAGUGUGAAUGUAUGCAUGUGUAUUUAUAUACAGUAUCUCACAAAAGUGAGUACACCCCUCACAUUUAUGUAAAUAUUUUAUUAUAUCUUUUCAUGUGACA